AUGAACUUCAUUGUUGGCAUGGCACUUCUCUUCAUGGAUGCCCAGGAUGCCUUCUGGAUGCUGGUGGCUUUCACAGAACGGUUUUUCCAAAAACAUUACUUUGACCACAACUUGAUCGGUGCCCAGUCUGACCAACAUGUCUUUAAGGACAUCCUAGCAGAGAAACUUCCUGACCUGAAUCGUCACCUUGACAACAUCGACAUCGAGAUCUCUACAGUCACACUUAACUGGUUCCUGGCUAUCUUCUUUGAUGCUGUACCUUUCCAGACCUUGUUACGGAUCUGGGAUUGUUUCCUGUUGGAGGGCCCAAAGGUUCUUUUCCGUUUCACACUGGCCAUUCUCAAGAUCAAUGAGAAAGAAAUCCUACAGAAGACUGACACUAUCAGCAUAAUGAGAUAUCUGAAGGCCUGUGCCAAGCUUACCUUUGAUGCUGACAGUCUCAUCAAGGUUGCCUUUGAGGACAUCAAGGGGUUCCCAAGACGACAAGACAUGGCCACAAAGCAGGCAUGUUACCUCAAGACGCUGAAAGAUAAGAACAAACAAAAGGAACUUCAGCGACUUGCAUACACUGAAAGAGAACACCUGUACUUUAAAAUGGAGAAUGAGACGGGGAACUACAUGGGGAUCGGCUCUGCUGUAGCUGUAGAGGAUGGUAAAGUUUGGUUUUGCUAUGGUGACCAGAAUGUUGGAAAAGUCUCAAAAAUUACAUGUGAGGAAGGACUAAUGUACGACAUAAACCUGGAGUUUGAUUCCAGAGUGAUGUGUCUUUACCCUGUUACUAAUAACAUUGUGUUACUGGGCACACUGUCCUGGAUGUUGUAUGCUUACAAUACCAACACAAGGGAAAAUCUCUGGAAGCUACAGCUCCAUGAUGCCAUACUUUCGCUGUGUUGCUAUGACGAUAAAGAGAACGUAGUAACCCGACAUUUCGCAGGGCUUGCUGAUGGCACCCUGGCAGUUAUGGAGCAAAGUAACCUGGAGAAGACAAUCCCUGACAGUGAUAUUAUGUACAUUCCUAUUGGCCAAGCUCCCAUCUCAUGUCUCCUGUUGCUAGGAGACCAGUUGUGGACAGCCAGUGGAAACACUGUUAGCAUCAUACAUGCCAGGACUUUGGACACCAUGGACAGUUUUAUAGUGUCAGUCAAUCCCUACGACCACAUCCUAUCUCUGAUUGAAGGACAGUUUGGUGUGUGGAUCAUCCUUCGAGGUUCCUCCAUUUUGGAACUCUGGGAUGCCAGGACACUCAAUUGUAAGAUGUUGUAUGAUACACGAACAGACCGCUACCCACAGCUUAGAAAGGAGGACGAGACCUAUUUCAAUCGAGCCAGGAUUACAGCUGUGGUGGACAUCGGUCAGUGUGUUUGGGUGGGCACUGGUGAAGGCAAUCUCAUUAUAUAUGAAGUUUCAGAACAGGCAAACAUCAAAACCCCAACUGAUCAGUCACCCUCCACGGAAACCAUGUCCAGCUUCCGUAGUAACCCAGUACCACCAUUCAAUUCCAAGAAGUUUUCUCGUGGUGCCAGUGAUCAACGUAUGAAUGCUGGAUGUCGAGUGAAAGAUAAGGUUUCUGGACCUGAUCAGGCUGUUCGUACAAAGCCAUUGGUCAAUGAGGGUCAUGUGACUAUUCAAUCUUCUUCAUCCAAUCAUGUAAGUACAACUACCCUAUCAGAUGCUUGUUCCACUGGUACCAGCACACCACGAAUGUUGUCUCCGAGAGCACGAAGGGCAGAUAACUCACAUUCAGAAGGAAGUAACGAUGGUAGUAGGGUACCAGCAGAGAUAGACAAACCUUUUACUGUUAUGGAACGCUCUUCCAGUGAUGAAAGUGUUCGUAAAAACAGCUCCGUCUGUAAACAUAGAUCCCGCAAGGACAGCCUUAAAGGAAAUGCGCUAAAAAAUAAGGCAAAGGAGGUCGAAGGUAAUACCAAUGGCACAGGCUCAACAGAUGACACAAAACUAGAGUCGUCUGAGGUAGUGACAACAGUAACAAUUUCACCACAAAUUUCAGAAUCGGAACCACAUUUUGAUAGCACUGAAAGCUUGGAGAGCAAUCAUGAAAAUGUUGAAAUUGACAACAACUGCAAACCUCAGCAGAAUAUGACUGAGAGUUCAAUCAGACAAAGGAAAGUUGGUGUUGGACAACUGCAGGCUCCAAUAAUACAAGACAAUGGAGAUACAGACCCUCAGGAUGGACAAGACUACAGUCACUCUGAUCAGUGUGAUUUAAAGGAACAAAAGUGUGACCAUGCUUCUAUUUCUAAACUUUCCAGUAGCGAUGACAAUAAAUCUGAGAAUAUUCCAUUCAGAAAUGAUGAUGGAGCAUGUAAUAUAGAUCCCGGUGAAAACAAAGGUCAGUCGGACGAGGAAAUGAUAGUGAAUGUUUUAGCAGAAGAGGAUCCUGUCUUACAAGACACUCUCACAUUGAAUGACCUAGGCAAGGCCUUAAGUUUUAACAAAGCCAUGUCUCGCCAUCACAAAGUCAACAAAUGGUUGUGUUCUCUAGAGGGAACAGCUGAUGGUGACAAGGAUUCUUUAGAGGGGACACCUGACAGUGACCAGGAUAUAUCUGCAGGGAGUAUAGUCCUUGAACCUGAGGAUAACACCCAACAGACAAAUGUUGAUGGAGAGUUAAUAAAAACACCCGAGGAGAAAGUCUCAUUGAAAAAGCCUAGUUCCACUGAGGAGGUGUACUAUAUAGCUGAUGAGGAUGUGUCACACAGCUCAGACAUGGCCAUGUCACUCGAGGAUGGACCUAGUGACGUAUGUGACAAAAUGCUCCCCAGUCCUGGAUUUGACUCGGUGAAACAGAUGUUUCGCUGUGACUCACUCGAGUCGGAAGGGGUGAGCAGUGUCAGUGACAAAGUUAAAGACAGUCAUCUUAAUUCCAAUAACCCUGAGGUGAAAUAUCGCCUUGACUUCUCUGGCCUGCACAUAGAAACUGACAGUGAACUUGACUUGUCCAAACACAACUCCCGAUCUGGGUCUGUCAGUGAAAUGAGCUAUUUAAACUCUCGACAAAACAGUCUGGACGGAAGACCAAUUAGCUUGACUGAGUUCAGUUCUAGAUUGCAAAGCCUGGACAGUAGACGCCACAGUCUGGAUGGAGUAUUUUUCCCAGGAAUAGACACAAACAAAGUGAGCCAAGCAGAUCUGAUCAGAAUGGACAACUGGUCACUGUCAGUAAGUGGUAGUCCGUCUUCGUCUGAGCCUCGCUUACUGGACCAGAUGCAAACACACACACUGGUGAGUCGUAAGCUGUCCUUGGGGGGCAAGCGACAGAUGAUAGACUGGGGGGAUUCCUAUGGUAGCAGUAAGCAGUCAUCAGGAAGUCCAAUGAGUUCGGUUGACCAGAAAGUCCAAGACUUUUUGCGAACUCCAAGCAUCAGCAGCCGGCCAAGUUCGCUCUGGUCAAGUUAUGAGAACAUCUCAACCCCGUCUCCGGGUGAUGAAGACACAGAUAGUGUGGGAAUGGGAAAGCGCUUGGUACCUGUACAGAGUGUUAUCAGCCACUCAGCUAGUUCUGCCUCUCUGUGUAGUACAACCCCUGACGUAUUUUUCACCACAGAACUUUGCCUGCAGAUGAAGGUGAAAAUAGCGGACAAACCAGUUAGGAGCUUCCUGAAGACAAGCUGCAAUGGUUCACCAGUGCUGUUGAGUUUCUCUGGUUGCUAUGGCGAUGAUGAAGCAGCAUUGAAGUGGAGACAAGAUCCCAAUGAGCGCCUGUGGACAAAUGAACCAAUAGUUGAGAUAUGUCCUAAGACCAAAUUGACACGCCUGCCGUCCUACAUGCGAGGAAGAUUAUCUUCUACCUCAUCACACAACAGUCAGAGCAGCAACUUCUCCUUCCACAGUGCCUCCUCCCGACCCAAUACUUGA